AUGGCGCCGCCCCCGGCCCCACUCCUGGUGCUGAGACCGGGGGAGACCGGGCCCGGUUGCAAGAAGCCCUUGGCCGUGAGGUUCGCGGACGUGGCCGUGUACUUCUCCCCGGAGGAGUGGGGGUGUCUGCUGCCCGCGCAGAGAGCCCUGUACCGGGACGUGAUGCGGGAGACCUACGGCCACCUGGGCGCGCUCGGAUUCCCAGGCCCCAAACCAGCCCUCAUCUCUUGGAUGGAACAGGAGAGUGAGGCUUGGAGCCCCGCCGCCCAGGAUCCUGAGGAGGGGGAAAGCCUGGGAGGAGCUCUGAGAGGUGAGGGAUGGUCCCAGGUCUUCCCUGCCUGGCGUUCCAGAGCUUCCCAUCUAGCAGUGUUUCCUGUCAGAUCCCCACCUCCGGCACCCCUAAAGGAAUGAAAGAGCCAACCGAUGUUGGAUACUAGCUAAGGGAAAAAGGCAGACCUGAUACAAAGUUUUCAGAACUUGGGACAACUUGAGACCAGAAUAAGAAUCAGUAGCCCAGACUCCCUCUCCUAGAAACGCUGCUCAUUCUCUCAUUUUCAGGAACAACUAAAACUCCGUAAGAGGUAAAGAACCUGCCUACCAAUGCAGGAGACAUAAGA